CUACCAACACAUAUAUACACUGCUAUGCACAAAAUAUAACUGCUUGCAGCUCCCACUGCCGAAAGAGUUUUUGUCAUUCGCCAACGUCCUGGCCCAAAUUAUUCAGCUGCUAAUACCUUGAGUAGCACUGUUGCGUUAGCUCCUUUAUAACAUAUAUUUACAGUUGGUAGCAUCGUGCCUAGUUCAGCGACGUAGGUGCCAGCUUGUGCCCUUGCGUCGGAUUUGGAAUGUCGCCGUUAAGCCCCACCCCCGACACCACCACCGCCCCGCCACCUCCACCACCACCAUUGUCCUCCUCCACCUCCACUUCCACCAAUGUCAAUGUCAGUGUCAAUGUCUCCACCAAUGACAGCAUCGACUGGUCCCGCAUCCGUCUGGGCGUCGACGCCGCGCCCACCAUGUUCCUCGCGCACUGGUCCGCCGACACGCACCGCUGGGACGGCGGCGCGCUGCUGCCGUACGGCCCGCUCAGCCUGCUGCCCGCCGCGCAGGUGCUCAACUACGGCCAGAGCGUGUUUGAGGGACUCAAAGCCUACCGCUGCACUGCUUCCGCUUCCGCUUCCGCUUCCGAUGCCGAUGCUGCGGGAAACAACAACAUCAACAACAGCAGCGGCUGCUGCGGCCCCACCGCCGGGGCCACCGGUGGCCGCAUCCUGUUGUUCCGCCCCGGCUGCAACGCCGCUCGUUUCUCCGCCGGCGCGGUGCGCAUGUGCAUGCCGCCGGUGCCCCGCCGCAUGUUCCUGGCAGCUCUACAUGCAGUGGUCCGCGCCAACGCGGCCUGGGUGCCGCCCCCCGGUCGCGGCAGCCUCUACCUGCGGCCGCUGCUGCUGGGCACGGGGCCGCUGCUGGGGCUGUGUCCGGCACCGUCGUACACGUUUGUGGUGUACGCCGUACCGGUGGGCGGACGAGCUAAGGAGGGUCGGCUGUGCUCGCUGGACUACCUCAUACACGACUCCCUGCACCGCGCUGCGCCCCGGGGCGUGGGCUCCACCAAGGCGGCCGGCAACUACAGCCCCUGUCUGGCGGCGCAGGCGCAGGCGCGGCAGCGGGGCUGCGCCGACUGCAUCUUCCUGGAUGCUCGGAGUGACACCUACUUGGAGGAGGGCUCCGGUUGCAAUAUCUUUGUGACCCACGGGUCAGUCGUCACCACGCCGCCAGCCGCCGGCUCCAUCCUGCCCGGCAUCACUCGCGCCUCGCUGCUGCAGCUGGCGGCGGCACUGGGAUACCGCUGCAGGGAGGCGCCAAUCACGGUGGAGGAGGCCAUGCAGGCGGAAGAAAUGUUUGCAAGCGGUACGGCGGUGGUCGUACAACCCAUUGGCAGUGUGACGUACAAAGAUAAACGAGUUACGUUCCCACGUGAUGAUAGCUAUAGCAGCAGUAGUUACAACGGUAACGGCCACUGCAACGGCAACACUAACGGCACCGACCGUUCAGAGGCCAAUGGGCGCGACAGCAGCACGGGGCAGCAAGACGGUCUUGCUUCUUCCUCCGCCGCCACCGUUAGCGCCAUUGACGGUACGACAACAUCGGAGAAUGGCCGUAACGGCUGCAGCAAUGGCCGUCAUCCCAGCGCCUGCAACGGCCAGGAUAACGGUAACGAUAACGGUCAUGCCAAAUCCGUUAACGGCCACGACGACAGUGCUGUGAACGGUACGGCGGUCCUGCCUAAAAGAGCUGCCGAGGACGAAGAGAGGGACGGAGGAAGCAGACAGCAGCAGCAACCGCCGCAGCAAUCGCCGCUAUCAGGUCACUGUACGACGAAGGAGGAGACGGCGGUGGCAGAGGAGGAGGUGGCGGCGCUGUUGCUGCAAGCGGCCGCACCCGUUCCGUCUCGGGAGUCGCUGUCGGCUGGCGUGGGGCCCGUUGCGCAGCGGCUGUACAGCUUGCUGACGGGGAUCCAGUACGGCAGGGUCGCGGAUCCGUUCGGGUGGAUGGUGGAGGUGGAGAUGGAGGGGCCGACAGAGGGACCCCUUCACCUGGAACGUCUGCUUGGAGAGGAGAGCGAGGAGGAGGCCGAGGCGGAGGCGCAGCAGGGUGUGGCAGGUGCGGCGGGGGCCUCCCUGACAGCAGCAGGAGGUAAGGGGGCGGUGGUAGCGGCGGGUCGCUCCGUGUUCGCAGACCCCAACCUGGAGUGAGGGCGGGGCGGUAGAAUGUACGGGGCGCGAGUGCGGGGCGGAGUGUGGGGCGGAGGGCGUGGCGUGGCGGAGGUCUGUGUGAGAAUGGAGGGAUGGGGUGGGUAGUAGGUAGCCUGGUAGCUACCGUUGACAGUUAGUUACAGUCUGUAUGCGUACACGUGUGCAGCAGUGUGUCGGACCGAGCCAGCUAGGGAGGCCGAGGGCACUAGUGGUAGCGCGUGUCAAGGAGCGUAUUAGCUUGCGGAAGGGAUGAGGAUACGAGGCGGCUGGAUGGUGUUGGGUUGGGUUGGGUGAGGAGGUUGGUAUGUAUUGUGUAUGGCACGGUGCGGUUUUACAAUGUAGUGCGAAACUGUACAAAUUAUGUUCGAUAGUUGUUUUGCUGCUAUCUGUGAGGUGACACGGCUGGUGAUAAUAUUAUGAAAGCCUUGCUAGGGGCAUUAUCUUCUCUUUCCUUGCACUAUUCUUCGUUGCACUCGUUCAAGUUGACGCCCUUUUGAAUUUUUACUGGAACCCGAUCGGCAGUGUUGGAAGACGUACGUCAAGAAGCAAAACCACGGUACAUGUAUUGACCCACGGGUCAUGGGAUGCCGUUUUCUGUAGCUCUGUGUGCUUAUACCUGUUUUGAGCAAGUGAGCUCCAAUGGCACGAAAAGAACACCCCCCCCCGUUUGAAGGAGAUCGUAAGUGAGGGCAAAAGGCCAUAGGGAGAGGAGAGGCAGGUGGAGGCCCCUAACAGGUUGAGCUACGGUUCAGUUGAUGUCGUGUUUCAGCUGCUGGUCGUGCAGCAGUCUUUCAGCGGCAAUUGCUGCUUGGUUGUGGCUGCUGCUUGGUUGUGGCUGCUGCUUGGUUGUGGCUGCUGCUUGGUUGUGGCUCUGUAUUGAUAAUAACCUGUUACCGGCAGCUCUCAUGCUCUGAAGGGUGUGCCGUACGACCGUUAACAGUUUUACGACAACCAGAUAUGACGACCUUGUAAUAUGAAAUAAUCCGAGGUAAACGGCUUGUAAAACUCGCAUUUCAGCCCCUCACUUCCACGUUUUGUAAAACUCGCAUUUCA